AUGGACAGUUGUCUCUCAAAUCAAGCGGCGUUGCCAUUUCUCCCGUCGCGUUUGAGGAGACAGAGCGGCGACGGAGGCGGUGGUUUUGCUAUUCCGGCGAAACGAAAUAUUCGGUAUAGUUCGAUGGUCGUGGUUGCAGCGGCGGGACAGAGCCGGUGUGAGCCUGGAAGCAGUCUCAACGCGCCGCUUGAACCGCGAUCGGCGCAGGGGAGGUUUCUGAGAAGCGUGUUGCUUAACAAGCGGCAGCUCUUUCACUACGCCGCCGCUGAUGAGCUCAAGCAGCUUGCCGAUGACCGGGAAGCCGCCUUGGCUCGUAUGUCUCUCAGCUCUGGCUCCGAUGAAGCUACUCUCCACAGAAGGAUAGCUCAACUAAAGGAACGUUACUGCAAAACGGCAGUCCAAGACAUAAUGUACAUGUUAAUCUUCUACAAAUACUCGGAGAUAAGAGUCCCUCUUGUUCCAAAGCUCUCCAGAUGCAUCUACAACGGAAGACUCGAGAUCUGGCCUCCAAAAGACUGGGAGCUAGAGUCGAUCCACAGCUGCGAUGCUCUUGACCUCAUCAAAGAGCACGUGAGCGCUGUCAUCGGACUACGGAUCAAUUCAUGCGUGACUGACAAUUGGGCAACAACCAAGAUACAGAAACUGCAUCUUAGGGAAGUGUACGCUGCCUCCAUCUUGUACGGUUACUUCUUGAAGUCCGCUUCUCUAAGGCACCAGCUCGAGUGUUCGUUAUCGGAUCUCCAUGGAAGCGGGUACCUGAAAAGUCCAAUCUUUGGAUGCUCUUUCACACCGGGAACUGCAAAGAUCUCUAACAAGGAGGAGUUGAGACAUUACAUCUCUGGGUUCGAUCCCGAGACGUUGCAGAUAUGCGCAAAGCCGAGGACUGAGGAAGCGAGGAAUCUGAUAGAGAAGCAAAGUCUGGCGCUUUUCGGCGCGGAGGAGAGCGAUGAGACGAUCGUGACAUCGUUUUCGAGUCUGAAGCGGUUGGUUCUCGAGGCUGUGGCGUUUGGUACGUUUCUGUGGGACACGGAGUUGUAUGUAGAUGGUGCGUAUAAGCUCAAGGAGAAUGGCAAUGCAGAAGAACAAGAAGAGAACAAAAGCAUAUAA